AUGAAGAGCCUGGACGAGGCUCCAGGGAGUGAAACCGUCAGACUGAACAACUGGGAGCGAGAAAAUCAAUCAGCGACAUCCCAUUAUGAGAGUCUGCUCCUCGCUGAUCCAGUGAAACCAUGCCGACGGACCCGUGCAACUGUCAAAGAGUGGCUGUUGAAGCUGACAUGUUGUUUGGGAACAGUGUGUGGAAUGGAGUGGUAUGGCUUUGCUGCUCUAGGCAUUUUCACUGCCAUCCUCAGCUUCCUCAUGGACCUCAGUGUAACAAAGCUGCUGAGAGCUCACCAGUGGCUUUACAUGAAGCUGGAAGGCAACAGUCUGCUGCAGUUCUUCUGCUGGACUCUUUACCCAGCAUGCCUGUGUGCGGUCGCAUCAUCGUUCUCGCACAACAUCUGUCCCUUCUCCACAGGCUCUGGGAUUCCAGAGGUGAGAACCAUGCUGGCUGGUAUUGAAAUGCCUCAUUACUUGUCUCUCACUAAUAUGUUUACCAAGUUCCUGGGCCUUAUCUGUACACUGGCAGCUGGCAGCACCAUUUUCCUGGGCAAAGUGGGUCCGUUUGUGCAUCUUUCCACCAUGGCUGGAGCCUACCUGAGCAAACUCUGCACUCUUAUCCAAGCCAGUAAGAAGGAGGAGGCUGCUGGAGAAAUGCUGGUUGUAGCCGCUGCAGUAGGGGUAGCCAGCUGCUUCGGAGCUCCCAUCAGCGGUGUUUUGUUCAGUGUGGAGGUGAUGUGUUCUCACUUUGCCCUGAGGCAUUACUGCCCAUGCUUCUUCUCAGCUACUUGUGGGGCGCUGACCUUCCGCCUGUUCUCGGUCUGGAGUGGAGAUGGAGAGACUAUUCAGGCCUUGUUCAAAACUAAUUUCCCCACUGGUUUACCUUUCUACCCACUGGAGAUUCUGCUGUUUGCUUUCCUGGGGUUGCUGUGUGGAGCUGUGAGCUGCUUCUAUCUCUUCUGCCAUCGCUGGAUCCUUCAGUUCAGCAAAACAAACUCAAUCUUCAUCAGGAUGCUGACGACAGAGAAGGGUCUGUACUCAGGCAUGGUGGCCUUCCUCCUGGCAUCUCUGACGUUUCCCCACUCUGCUGGUCAAUAUAUGGCUUCUAAGCACACCAUGAAGCAGCUCCUCGCCUCUUUACUGGACAGCAGGCAGUGGAGCUCACAAUCCCACAAUGCCUCUGCUCAGCUUUUGUUGGAGUGGAGCUCAUCAGGGAGUCCUGUCUACAUGUCUUUGACUGUCUUUCUGCUCAUGAAGAUGUGGAUGCUGGUCCUCGCCUGCACGCUGCCUCUGCCAGCUGGAUACUUCAUGCCAGUGUUCGUCUACGGGGCAGCUUUGGGACGUUUGCUUGGAGAAGGAGUAGCUUAUGUGUCUUCCUCUGCACUGACGACAGAUGAGCAGUGGGCUUCUGUAAAUCCUGGGGGCUAUGCACUUGCUGGUGCAGCAGCCUUCUCUGGGGCUGUGACACACACCUUGUCCCCAGCUCUCCUGGCUGUGGAGUUAACUGGCCAGUUCAGCCACGCAGUUCCCGUCCUCCUCGCCACUCUGCUGGCCAAUGCUGUGGCUCGCUCUGGGCACCACCCAUCUUUCUAUGAUGCGCUCUCCAUCAGCAAGAGGCUCCCACACCUGCCCUCUCUGACGAAGGCAAGCCCCCAGCUUCCCUCCACGCCUGUCGGACAGGUUUUGGGAGCGAAAUCAGUGCAGCUUCGGAAGACAGCUGGGCCAGUGGAGGUUCAGCACGCUGUCAACAACAGCACUGAAACACAAAUCCCUGUGGUGGACUCACAUGAGUCGCUGAUUUUACUGGGGUUUGUCCUCCGGUCGGAGCUGCUGAAGUUCCUGCGUCACAGCAAGACUGAGACGCUGGAUAAACAUCUGGAUGAGGUCUGCUGCAUUUACCCCACCUCUGUCCUGUUAUCGCCCCACAGCACGGUUCAGGAGGCCCACAGUGUCCUGAGUCUGGUUGGAGGCCAGACAGUGUUUGUGGCAGACAGGGGAAGGCUGGUCGGGCUCAUCACAUGGCCAGAGAUGAAGAGAAUAAUAGAGGACCUGGCCAAAGACAUCUAA